ACCACACUCACGUCACUUCAUAUCAGAACAUACUUGAAAAUGUCAGCUGAUCUCGCUUCGACUUAUGCCGCCCUCAUCUUGGCCGACGAAGGCCAAGAAAUCUCGAGUGAGAAGAUCGUCGCUCUAACUGCCGCCGCCAACGUCCCAGUUGAACCCAUCUGGGCCACCCUUUUGGCCAAGGCUUUGGAAGGCAAGGACGUUAAGGAAUUGUUGACCAACGUCGGAUCCGGAGGUGGUGCACCAGCCGCUGUUGCCGCCCCAUCUGGUGGUGCUGCUGCCGGUGGUGCCGCUGCUGAAGAGAAGGCUGAAGAGAAGAAGGAAGAAGAGAAGGAAGAAUCCGACGACGACAUGGGCUUCGGUUUGUUCGACUAAGCGCUUCACCAUCGUGUUGUACAAUUCUUUCGACCCUAUUCUUCGACAUCAUUCGCACUCACAAAAUCAUU